UCUUUAGAUUUCAGAGCGAAACAUCCAGAGAGCGUUUUCUACUUAUAUUAUUUAGUUAGGCUGCCGUGAUAAGCGUCGCUUUUGCAGUUACAUAAAGCCUUAAAAUUGUGGAAAAUUUCAAUUCAAUUCAAAGUGUACACAAAAAAAAACAAAAACAAACAGACUGAGAAAUGGAGGUGCCACCGCCACUUGUACUAAAGCGGGCACUUUUUGUGCCCAGCAAGACCCUGAUGGGCCCGGGUCCAUCCAACUGCUCGCAGCGUGUGCUGGAGGCCAUGAGCAAUCCGGUGCUGGGACAUAUGCAUCCGGAGUGCCUGCAGAUCAUGGACGAGGUGAAGGAGGGCAUCAAGUACAUAUUCCAGACACUGAACGAUGCCACAAUGUGCAUUAGCGGGGCCGGGCACAGCGGCAUGGAGGCGGCCCUGUGCAAUCUGAUCGAGGACGAUGACGUCGUCCUGAUGGGCAUCACCGGCGUCUGGGGCCAUCGGGCGGCCGAUAUGGCGCGACGCUAUGGCGCCGAUGUCCGCUAUGUGGAGGCCAGCUUUGGGCGUGCUCUCACCUUGGAGGAGAUACGCUUCGCGUUCGAUACACACAAGCCGCGCGUGUUUUUCGUGACGCAGGGCGACUCCUCGACGGGCAUACUGCAGCGGCACAUUAGCGAAAUUGGCGAACUGUGCCGGCUGCACGAUUGCUUCUUGGUCGUGGACGUGGUGGCCUCAUUGGGCGGCACCCACUUCCUGAUGGACGAGUGGAAGGUGGAUGUGGCAUAUACGGGCUCACAGAAAUCGUUGGGCGGCCCGGCCGGCCUGACGCCCAUCUCGUUCAGCAAACGGGCUUUGACCCACAUCAGGCAACGCAAGUCCAAGCCGAAGGUCUACUAUUUCGAUAUACUGCUGAUCGGGCAAUAUUGGGGCUGCUAUGGAACGCCGCGCAGCUAUCAUCACACAAUAUCCUCGACACUGUUGUACGGCCUGCGCGAGGCACUGGCCCACUUCUGUGCGAUGGGGCUGAAGAAGGUGGUGCAGCGACAUCAGGAGUGCUCGAAUCGCCUCCAGCUGGGCAUUGAGGAGCUGGGCCUGGAAAUGUUUGUGCAGCACGAGCCGGAUCGCCUGCCCACGGUCAAUACGAUUAAAGUGCCCUUUGGCGUCGACUGGAAGAAGGUCGCCGAUUAUGCGAUGCGCAAAUAUAAUCUGGAAAUUAGCGGCGGCCUGGGUCCCACUGUGGAGCAUGUGUUUCGUAUUGGCCUGAUGGGCGAGAAUGCCACAUUGGAGAAGGUCGACAUGGUGCUUAGCAUCUUGAAUGAGGCCAUCCAGAGCAUUAAAUUGCGUGCAGUCAAAGCGGAACGCUCCAAAAUAUGAUAAUAUUAAUACUAUAACUAACUAUUCAAGCUGGCACUAUUGAUUUACUUGUUUAUGUUGCAUAUUCAAAAUAAGUUUCAAAUAAAAACUAUAAAUUUA